AUAUUGACAUUCAAAUGACAUGUGUCAAUUGCAGUGACACCGGCAAAAAUGAUUAACUUUAAUUUCAAUUAUACAAACAAAUCAAAGAGUUAAAAUGGUAAUUGAUUUAGAAACAUUCCGAGUGAAAAAUGUUCCUCCAACAAUUUACUACAUUCCAAACUUUAUCACCCCAGAAGAGGAAUCACACAUCAUCAAAAACGUAUACUCAGUACCAAAGCCUAAAUGGACUUGCCUUUCCAACAGAAAAUUGCAGGAUUACGGAGGAGUGCCGCACGAAAAAGGUAUGAUACCUGAGAAAAUACCAGAUUGGCUACAAAAAUAUAUUAACAAAGUGGCAGAUUUGGAUGUGUUUGAUGGCAAAACCCCCAAUCAAGUUUUGGUAAAUGAAUACCUACCAAAACAGGGAAUAAUGCCACACACAGAUGGGCCACUUUUUUAUCCUACUAUUACAACAAUCAGCUGUGGCUCAGGUACUGUACUUAAAUUCUUAGAAAACAAUGAAAAGAGGCACACAGUCUGUGAAGUUUACUUGGAAAGAUUCAGUUUGGUGGUGGUUAAAGAAGAAUUGUACACCAAGUAUCUACAUACAAUAGAAGAGAAGGACUGUGAUAGUUUGGAAAAUUGUGCCAACUCCAAUGUUAUUCCUGAAAACAUUCCAUUAGAAAGAGGUACUAGAAUUUCACUGACUAUAAGAAAUGUGCCAAAAGUGUGCAAAAUAAAAUUAUUCAGAUAGUUAAUUUAUAUGUAUUUGUAUUUAUUUUAUAAUGUUAUACAUUAAGUAAAUGUUUAUACUACUAAUGAUGAAAAUAAAACAUAAUAUUUUAAA